CCUCGCUCCUGCUGGGUCCCAGCCCUUGCUCCGCGUGGUUCUCAGGUCCCCCUGGUGGUCCCCAGGCAGCUCCAGUGAGGGGGGCACAACAGGGGGAACUGUGAGCCCCAAGGGGUCUGUCUGCGGCUUCUCCCGGAAAAAGACCGAGGCACGCACUCUGCGAGCAAAAGCGGACUCCCACCGGCUUCCGACGACAAGCCAGGGACCUGAGGAUCGCGGAGUCCACGACCCGUGAGCGACCCCAGGGGAAGGACAGGAGGGACGCCGACCGGACCGCCAUGGCCGCGCCUGUCCGCCGUCUGUGCCAUGUCGCCUUCCACGUGCCCGCGGGGCAGCCCCUCGCCCGGGAUCUGCAGCGCUUCUUCGGUUUCUGGCCCCUGGCGGUGAGGGAAGCCGAUGGCUGGCGGCAGCUGGCCCUGCGCAGCGGCGACGCGGUCUUUUUGGUGAACGAGGGCGCCGGGCCUGGGGAGCCGCUGUACAGCCUGGACCCGCAUCACGCGGUGCCCGGUGCGACCAACCUGUGCUUCGACGUGGCUGACGUGGGCGCUGCAGCUCGGGCGCUAGCCGCGCUGGGCUGCAACGUGCAGGUGCCUCCGGUGACCGUGCAGGAUGCACAGGGCGCCGCCACCUACGCCGUGGUCGGCUCGCCCGCCGGCAACCUCAGCCUGACGCUGCUGGAGCGCCCCGGCUUCUGCGGGCCCUUUCUCCCCGGCUUUCGGCCCGUGUCCUCUGUACCCGGCCGGGGCUGGGUCACCCACGUGGACCACCUGACCUUGGCCUGCCCUCGCAGCAGCUCCCCCAAAAUAAUGCGCUGGUUCCACGACUGUCUAGGAUUUCACCACCUGCCGCUGAGCCCAGGUGAGGAUCCAGAGCUGGGCCUGGAGGUGGCAGCAGGGUCUGGGCGUGGUGGUCUGAGGCUCACCGCCCUGCAGGCUCCGACUGGCAGUGCUGUCCCAACCCUAGUGCUGGCAGAGUCCCUGCCUGGGUCUCUCCGUGGUCGGGACCAAGUGGAGCAGUUCCUGGCCCAGAAUGGGGGACCUGGACUGCAGCACGUGGGGCUGUACACGCCCAACAUCAUGGAAGCCACUGAGCGGGUAGCAGGGGCCGGGGGUCAGCUCCUGACGCCUCCUGAGGCCUACUACCAGCAGCCGGGCAAGGAGAAGCAGAUCCUGGCUGCAGGGCACGAGCCUCGCCUGCUGGCCCGGCACGGGGUCCUGCUGGAUGGAGAUGAAGGCAAGUUUCUGCUUCAGGUCUUCACCAAGUCCCUUUUUGCAGAGGACACGUUCUUCCUGGAGCUGAUUCAGAGGCAAGGGGCCACAGGCUUUGGCCAGGGCAACAUCCGGGCCCUGUGGCAGUCUGUGCAGGAGCACGCUGCCAGGGUCUGCGAAGCCUGAGAAGGGCAGAAGCUGGGUGCAGCCACUUGUCCUGGACACUGGGAAGGCCAGCGCAGGGCCUGCAGCUGAGAAGACCUGGACUGAGAUGUUUUGUCUUUAGGGCCAGGUGCGGCCUCCAUCUCACGGGUACCUGCUAGUAGCUGGAUCUCUCAGUGAGGUCCAAAGAGGUGGGAUUUUUUUUUUUUUUUUAACUAUGAAAUGUUUCUCACAUUGUAUCUAAUAAAUGCAAAAUGUCAGGAAUAAGGGAAUUACACAAUUAGGAAAUAGAACAUAACCAAUACUUAUGAAACCUUCUCUGUAUUGUGUGCUUCUCUGAUCCCAUUUCUACCACAGCCCUGAUAUUAUAAUUAAAAACGCUUGGUUUUUC